UGAUUGCAUGUGUGCUUAUAGAAGAUGUAUGUUGCGGAUUCAGCACACCAGUUAGACACAAUGUUAUCAUCGCUUUCUAAAGAAAAGAAGGGGAAAAAAAACAGGUACCGUGAUUGUCUACGUGAGGUGCAUAGGACCCGGAAGAACGAUGUGUCAUUUUCAUUGGCUAAACGUUUAAAUGGACACAGCAUUUUUGUGACUGAACAGUAGGAGGGUCAACAUGGCGGGCACAGGGGGCAGCACCCCUGGUAACCCCUCCCUGAAAAUCAUGACAUUUCGGCCAACAAUGGAGGAGUUCCGAGAUUUCAACCAGUACCUUGUGUACAUGGAGUCCCAGGGAGCCCAACGUGCUGGUCUUGCUAAGGUCAUUCCUCCAAAGGGAUGGAAACCGCGCCGUACCUACGAUGAUAUUGAUGACCUGGUGAUUCAGGCACCCAUCCAGCAGAUGGUGGCUGGCCAGUCUGGACUCUUCACCCAGUACAACAUCCAGAAGAAGCCUCAGACUGUGAAGGAAUUCCGCCAGCUGGCCAACAGCGACAAGUACUGCACCCCACGGCACCUGAGUUUUGAGGACUUGGAGAGAAAGUACUGGAAGAAUCUCACUUUUGUGUCCCCUAUCUAUGGAGCCGAUGUGAGUGGCACCCUCUACGAUGAGGAUGUAGGAGAGUGGAACAUUGGACACCUCAACACAAUUCUGGAUGUGAUUGAGGAGGACUGUGGUGUGGCCAUCCAGGGGGUGAACACGCCUUACCUGUACUUCGGCAUGUGGAAGACCAGCUUCUCAUGGCACACAGAGGAUAUGGACCUCUACAGCAUUAACUACCUGCACUUUGGAGAGCCCAAGUCCUGGUAUGCUAUCCCACCGGAGCAUGGGAAGAGGCUGGAGCGCCUGGCUACAGGUUUCUUCCCUAAUAGCUUUAAGGGCUGCGAGGCUUUCCUGAGGCAUAAGAUGACUCUCAUAUCACCUUCCAUUCUUAAGAAGUACAGCAUCCCCUUUGACAAGAUAACCCAGGAGGCUGGUGAGUUUAUGAUCACAUUCCCAUAUGGUUACCACGCUGGGUUCAACCAUGGCUUCAACUGUGCCGAAUCUACUAACUUUGCCAGCGUGCGAUGGAUUGACUACGGCAGAGUUGCAACUCAGUGCUCCUGCAGUAAGGACAUGGUGAAGAUCUCCAUGGACCCGUUUGUGCGGCUCUUCCAGCCGGAGCGCUACGCGGGGUGGCUGCAGGGUAAAGACCCGUGCCCCAUCGACCACACGCAGGCCACGCCCAGCUCCACGCCCGAACUAGAGAGCUGGCUGCAGAGACGAGCCCAAACCAAACCUGCUGUCAAGAGCCUGCCCCACACCCGCACGCGCUCAAAGAGGCACAAGACCGUGGAGGAGCCUGUGGACAUGGAAGCUUCUGCGGUGGAGAAGUGUAGGAGGUUGGAGUGCUGUCCAGAGGAUCAGGUGGCACCUGCUCCUACUCCACAGGACCACAAAUCCCAAACUGCGCUACUUCAGGGCAUUGGUUCCUCUGGUCAGCGCAGACAGAUGUGUGUUGUGAAGGUGAACCGAGUUGAGGCAGACACGCUGAUUCAAAAAGCCUCCAUCCGCGAGGACCCCUCAGGACGGCAUCACCAGAAAGUGUCCGCUAGAGAACGCAGUGUAUCAAAGGAGCCACCAGACGCAGAGCUGAGCCUGUCAGCAAGCCAGUCGCACGGCCCUCUGGACAAGCCUCCGAGGACUGACCAACACACGGACACACGUACACACUCUUUGGCCCCCGGGUCCCCUGCCGUAGUCACUGACAUGAGUGCCAACACUUCAGCAUGUGCGACCGCUACGAAGAAGAGCAAGUCGACCUCGCAGGAAAGCAAAGGCGAUCAAGCUACUGUGUCAGCCUGUGAUGGUCAAUCACAGGGCUGCAAACUCACGGAACACGCACACACACCGCCAGCGGAAAAUACGCUGACCACACCUCACUCCUCGCGAGCAGAUCGCCCUCUGGACUCUGGAAGUCAAGCACUUUAUGGUGAAGUAAGUAGCACGCCCCCGUCUGCGGAUCUGUGCCCUGAGGCUGACAAACCCCCCCCACACGGGGCAUCUGAAGCUUCUGAGGUGAGUGCCCAGUGCCCUGCGUACCCUCCACAGGUCAGCAGCGGCCUUGCCCUAGUGCCAAGCGCAGGGUGCGUCUCGGAAAUGCCCCUGCUGACCCCGGAGCCCGUGGAGAUGGAACAGGAGGAGCCGCCCGCUCUCACCCAGGAGAUGCCUGCCCUCACGCUCGCCCUGUGCUCAGAAGCGGUGUCGGCGGCGGUUGCGGGCAGGCACACGCACGCCCCCGCGCUCUACCGCGAGAGCGACACGCCCGUCCAGUCUCACACGGCUCCGCCAGAACUGACCUUAGAGGCCCUGAGCCAGGAGCCACCCCUCAGCCUGGAGCCUGCUGUCAGUGAGGCCCACACAGACUGCACACACACACACAUGUGGACACACACUCCGAACCCUGUGCAGCACACACACACACUGUCUACAGCAGAGGCACAAGACACACCGCCACCAACACUUGAAAUCCAACACACACAAUCCACAGACAAGGUCCCCAAUCGCACCCAGUUCUGCUCUGGUCCAAGUUCCUCUGACAAAUCGGCACUUCUGGUGACCAGUGCCCUCACGCUCCAGACGCACGCUCGCACGCCACAGGGUAGCCCCACUGCACACACUCGCACCUUGACACAGCCGUGCACUGGACUCCCACACAAAAAAACGCUGAGUGUUGUUCCCCACAACAGCAUUUCGACUGCACACAGCACACACCCCUGCACUACUGAACACACUGAAACAACCCCGACCACCUCAGCUCACCCAGCGCACUCCUUUGCAUUCUGUAAGUCCCAGCCCAGCACUACCGGCCCCAGCACAGGCCCCCGUAUGCACUCCGACACUGCUGACCACAGAACACACUUAAGCAUUACAGGCUGUAAUGAGCAGUCUGACUCACCGUCUGUCUCCGCAGACACUCAGCCCCAGCUGAACAUUCCCCCCGACACUACAGCCACUGACGCAGGCCAGGGCUCCAUGCAGUACAACAGCAGCACUAAGUCUCACGCGCAGCAGAGCUUCAGACGCUGCGCUAGUCUCACACAGCCAGCCGGGGCGCCCGCUGACCACUCGCACUCCAACACUUACACGCUUCUGGAGACCUUCCCCCCUGAGAGCUCAUUGGUGGAUAUGCGGCCUCAGUCCCUCCCCCCCGACGCCGUGUGGGCCAGCCUGCCGGCUCCGUCCCCGGCCGUGCUGAUCGAGAGCGUGCGGCCGGAGCUGACGGACAGCCUGACGGCCUAUCACGCGCCAGCAACCGCCUACGACCGCCACGCGCUGCACACCUUCAGCAUGUGGGAGGAGCCGCGCUGCAAGGCCGUCCACUCGCCGGAGCCCCCCGAGCCGCCGGAGCGCGAGCAGACCUGGACCCAGCUGGAGCCCAGCCUCCCACACACAGCUCUGCACGCCCACGCACAGGUACACACACACGCCCACCACGACGGCCAGCCCGAUGACGCCGAUGCAGAGUUGCCUAGCAACGAGCUGGCUUCCUCUGAGUGCGGAGGCUCGGAGAGAGGAGGAGGCGGAGCCAGCAGCAGCGAUGACAGCUACAACUCCAACCUCAGCGAAUCCGAGUGCGGCGACUCAGGCCUUGAGCCGGGGGAAGUCCCCCCAUACCAGACUGGGGGGAUGAAGAAGAACACAAAGAGCUGGCGCCUGCCCCUGAGGAAGCCCACCGCUCGAGCCGUGCCGAGCGCUGUCAAGCAGCAGAACAUCAGCGACGAAGAGCCUCCAGAAUGUUCCGUGGCAGAGGGGGAAGAGCAGGAGCAGGAGCUGGAGCAGUGGGCACGGCCGCUGGUGCAGCUGUGGAACAGCAGGGGGCGCUGUAUCAGUGCCGAGCGCGAGUACAACGCUAUGGUGGCCCAGAAGCGGCCACACUGUGCCAUCUGCACCAUGUUCAUGCCUUACUAUCAGCCUGAGGAGAGCUCAGAGGACCGAAGGGAAGCACAAGAGGUCACUCGGGGCUCAGGGGAGUUUGUGCGAUCGCGACCUUUGAUCCCGGAGAUCUGCUUUGCCUUUCGGGAAGGCUCGUGCCCCCCCACAACCCUCCUGGAGGAGGACGGCUCCAGCCCCCUCAUCCGCUGCGCCCACUGCUGCGUCCAGGUCCAUGCCAGUUGCUAUGGUGUCGCUGCAGAUGACAUUGGUGAGGCCUGGUCCUGUGACCACUGCUUGAGCGGAGAUCAGGCCGCAGACUGCUGUCUGUGUAAUCUGCGUGGGGGAGCUCUGAAGACGACCACAGACCACAGAUGGGCCCAUGUGAUGUGUGCCAUUGCCAUUCCGGAGGUGAAGUUUGUAGAUGAAACCAAAAGGAGUCCUGUAGACACCAGCGCUGUCCCACCUCAGAGAUACAAACUGAAGUGUAUUUACUGUCGCAAGCGCGUGAAGCGAGUUGCGGGGGCGUGUGUCCAGUGCUCCUGCGGCCGAUGUUCCACCUCCUUCCAUGUCACCUGUGCUCAUGCCGCCGGGGUGGCCAUGGAGGCUGAUGAUUGGCCGUAUGUGGUGUUCAUCACCUGCCACAGGCACCAGUCUCGAAGCUCAACAACAAGCAGAGACUGUGCUGCGUUGGGUCCUCCUGAGGUGGGGGAGGUGGUUCAGGUGAAGUGGCCCGAUGGACUCUACUACACCGCCAAAUAUCUUGGCUCUAAAACAACACAUAUGUACCAGAAGCGCAAUGUGCGUGAGGACCUGGUGGUGGGUCAGACAGUCAUCAGCAAGCACAAGAACCUGCGCUACUACAGCUCCCGUGUCACACACAUUACCUCACACACCUUCUAUGAGGUCAUGUUCGACGACGGCUCCUUCAGUAACGACACCUUCCCGGAGGACAUUGUGGUGAGUAGCAGAGACUGUGCUGCGUUGGGUCCUCCUGAGGUGGGGGAGGUGGUUCAGGUGAAGUGGCCCGAUGGACUCUACUACACCGCCAAAUAUCUUGGCUCUAAUACAACACAUAUGUACCAGGUGGAGUUUGAGGACGGCUCUCAGGUAACGGCCAAGAGAGAGGACAUCUACACUCUGGACGAAGACCUGCCCAAGAAGGUCAAAGGACGACUUUCUACAGCCUCCAGCAUGCGUUUCCAGGACGCUUUUUUCACCUCGCAGGGAGAGCGGAAGAGACAGAGGACCCCCAACUCCCGCUUCCAGAGAGACUACAUCACCAAGAGCAGCUGAGGGACGCUCACAGGAGACUCAAGUGUGUCACCAUGGGACAGUUACUCUAAAAUGUCAGGGAAAUGCAAUUUUUGAAAGUUGAAACAAAAAACAGUGAAUGUUUUCUUCUGAGGACUUCCCAUGUAUGUGGGUUUUCCUUGAAAUGGACAACUUUUUAGUUUUUCUCUUUUGGUCCUUUUGUUCUGAUCAGUGCAUGUUAAGCGUGACUGCUCCUGCAGAGGGCAGUGUCCUACUGCUAACUCGUUUUUAAUAGAAAACUAACGAAAGCUACUGUCGCCGUGUCUGCUGAAGCACUUUGUCUUAACUAUUUAACUUGAUUGGAUGGGUUUGUUUAUUUAUUGGGAUCUUCCCUCUCCCGUAUGUGUCAACCAUAGCUGUACAAUACUGAUUAAAAAUAUUUAUGAUUA